UUUGUUUUAUAGAUAUCAAUUUGAUUUGAAAGCUCAGUAAGAUUUGUCACGUCGAAUUUAAAAUAAGUUUUUCUAUUUUUCUAAAUAAAUAAAUAUGAGUCACACAAUACUAUUAGUGCAGCCGGCAAAACAUGUAACUUCGCGUACAUUUUGCGAUUAUGAAAGCCUUCGUGAGUGUAUCGAUGGUAUCUGCAAGAUCUAUGAAGAGCAUCUCAAGCAACUCAAGCCGUAUUACUCCAUCAUCACGUAUGACAUCAGGGAACUAUUUGAUUUUCUCGACACCCUUGCGGACAUUGGCUGUUUGGUCUACGAUAAAAGAAGUAACUCGUAUAUUCCCCGCAACAAAGUUUGGAUCAAGGAGCACAUCUAUUUACAACUUCGUGAAGCUGCUCACAGCACAUAAGCUGCAAGCAUAAUUUGACAAACAU